AUGCCUUAUAAAAAGCUGCCUGUGCUGGAGGUAGACGGGAAACCGGUAGCGCAGGCUGACGCUGUGGCGCGAUACUUGGCGAGGAAGUACGAUCUAAUGGGAAGGAACGAAAGGGAUGCGUUGAUAUGCGACGUGCUCGUCGAUACUCUUGAAGAUUUGGAGCAAGCUAUCUGCUACUGUCGCAUGGAGGAGGAUCCUGAAAGGAAGGAAGCGAGGAUGAAUCAACUUUUGAACGAAACAAUACCAUUGUACCUGACUAAAUUCGACCAGAUUAUUGGCAAAUAUGAAGGAUAUAUCAUUCCUUCUACCACGACAUGGGCGGACUUCGUAUUUGCAGAGACCCUUGAAAAUUUCGAAUAUAUGUUUGGGGCACCAGUUUUGGAUAAAUAUCCAGCUCUUCAAGCAUUGAAGAAAAGGAUUCAUACAAUACCGGCCAUUUCUGAUUGGCUGAUUAGGCGCCCAUUCACAAUCAGCUAA